AUGGCCCUAACCAAAGCGACGGCGCAUGCCGCAGUGAGCCGGCUGAUUACCAACCUGAUCAACAUCAAAGACACGACCGGCCAGUUCCUCCUCCGGCUCGAAGACGGGCGCGUCAUUGAUACAAAGUCCUGGGCCGGAUGGGAAUGGACGCACGGAAUCGGUCUGUAUGGCAUCUGGAAAUACUACGAGAUCACAGGCGACCCAAAGCUCCUGUCCAUUAUCGAAGAAUGGUUCGCCGCACGGCUGGCGGAGGGGACGACGAAGAACAUCAACACCAUGGCCGUGUUCCUUACGCUCGCAUACGUCUACGAGAAGACGGGGAACCAGAGCUACCUGCCCUGGCUGGAUUCCUGGGCUGAAUGGGCGAUGCACGAGCUCCCGCGCACACCACACGGCGGUAUGGCGCACAUCACCUACCUCUCAGAGAACCACCACCACCAGCAACUGUGGGACGACACACUGAUGAUGACGGUCAUGCCGCUGGCGAAGAUCGGAAAGGUACUCAACCGGCCAGAAUACAUUGCCGAAGCGAAACGCCAGUUCCUCAUCCAUAUCAAGUACCUUUUCGACACCAAGACAGGGCUCUUCUUCCAUGGGUGGGAGUUCAAUGCCAACCAGGCGACGGGACAUGGACAUAACUUCGCGAAUGCGCGCUGGGCGCGCGGGAACAGCUGGGUGACGAUCGUGAUACCGGAGUUCAUUGAGCUGCUGGAUCUGCAACCGUCCGACCCGAUCCGGGUCCACCUCGUCGAUACGCUGAUUGCGCAGGUAGAGGCCCUGAAGCGGUUGCAGACAAAUGAUGGGUACUGGCGUACGCUCCUCGACCACGAAGACUCCUACGUCGAGUCCUCGGCCACAGCCGGGUUUGCGUGGGGGAUCCUCAAAGCCGUGCGGAAGAGGUACAUCGGCGCCGAGUACAGAGAGGUCGCAGAGAAGGCGAUCCGGGCUGUGGUGGCCAAGAUCGACGAUGAUGGGGAGCUGCAAAAUACGAGCUUCGGGACGGGAAUGGGCGAUACAUUGGAGUUUUAUAAACAGAUUCCGUUAACGAGCAUGCCGUAUGGACAGGCGAUGGCGCAGGGGGCGUUGGUCGAGUGGUUGAGGGGGACGUUCUAG